GGCCGCGGCGCGCGACCACUUCGCACCGCGCCCCGCUCGCUCGCACCGUGUAAACACGUCGCGCCGCACGCCGCACGCGUUCGAAGCGUAAGCAACAACCCCGUACGAUCGCGAAGUGCCAAAAACUAGUGCCCCGUUCGCUCAGUGCCAGUUUCUGUGAAGUGAACUACGUGACGAAAAUAACACCAAACACCUGUUCAAAUACGAUUGUUUAAUUUAUAUGAUGGAUUGGAGGUUCGACGCGCUGUGAGGAAUUCGUUUCGUAUGACGAACGACAAAUAUAAGUCGGAAAACAAAGGAUAUCUGAUCGCGUUGCUUGCUUAGGUGCAGGUGACAGGUGGACUCGUGACAUUCGUUUGCUCGUCUUCUAUCAAACUAAAUAAUAUCUGUUCCACGUCCAGAUGUGUGCGGGCGAGGCGCGCGGGAAGCGCUAGAGAUGCGCUCCAAGCAGCAGCCACGACCAUCCUACCGCUGGCUCAGCACUAACGAAAACGAAGAAGCCACAAGCCCAGAAAGCGGUGUGAAGGAACGCGGCGAGCGUGAGAGGGGGGCGCGGGGCGGGGGCGAAGGCGAAUCGCGCUCUGCGUCCCCCGCGUCCCGCGCCUCCCCCGCGCCCGACGAGCGGGACAUCGAGCACAGCAUACCAGCCACCCUCAUACAGGACCCUCAUGCAGAAAGGGAGAGUCCUAGAUGUUUAUCGCGGGAGUCGUCGGGCGCGCCGCGAUGUCCCUCCAACGACUCGGUGUACUCGGGUCGGAGCGCGCCGAGCCUCCCGCUACCGGCCGCGCUGUCGGCAGCUCUGCCGGCCGCCCUACCCGCUGCGCUGUUGCCGCCCCAUUCCGCCGCAGUUGCCGCUUACCUAGGCGCCGCUGCUGCGGCUGCCCAACAGCGAUUACUCAUGUCGUGCCAAGAAGACAUGACGGACGCUGAGCGAUCCGACGCUGUUCUUGAUUUUAGCACGAAGCGAAGUGAAUCUCCUAUUGAUGAAGAGGACGUCGAUGACGCAGUCAAUCUUAGUAAGAAUGAGAAUGGUCCAUUGGAUCUAUCAGUAGGCACGAGAAAGAGAGGACCGGAAGAUUCUCCGUCACCAGUUCCGACUAGAAAGAGCUCACGGUCGUCUGAUUUUAAACCAAUCAGUACUCCAUGGACGACACCGGUAGCCCCUCAUCUGCCAUAUUUUGCAGCCGCUGUGGCCGCUGCCAGCUUAUCGCCUAAGGGCGGUGUGCCAUCCGAUUGGAAUGGAAAAUUAAAACAUGGUACACCAACGCCUAAUGAUGCAACCAAAGCACUCGAAAAAAUGAGCGAAUUGAGUAGACUAGGCGGCGAGGAGCUGUUUAGAUCAGUUCAAAGUGCAGCUUUAAGUGCAGGGCUCACACCAAAUGCUGCAGCCCGCCACUCCGCUUGGCAAUCUCACUGGUUGAACAAGGGAGCUGACCAGACUAAAGAUGUUCUGAAAUGCGUUUGGUGCAAGAAGAGCUUUAACUCGUUGGCAGAUCUGACUGUUCAUAUGAAAGAAGCAAAGCAUUGUGGCGUUAGCGUCUCUGUGCCCCCAUCAAGUGGUGCACCAUUACCUGCCUCGCUACAACCUCCAUCGAGCUCACCUUCUACACCAUCCCACAAUUCUUCUUCUUCGAGUGGAUCGUCUAAACCGAAUCAUAACGAUCUCAACAUGUUAAUUAAAGAAAAUAUGCCCAUACCUAGAAAACUGGUCCGCGGUCAAGACGUCUGGUUAGGCAAAGGGGCGGAACAAACUAGACAAAUAUUGAAAUGUAUGUGGUGCGCUGAAAGCUUCCGUUCGCUGGCUGAGAUGACCAGUCACAUGCAACGCACUCAGCAUUACACUAAUAUAAUAUCUCAAGAGCAAAUAAUAUCGUGGAAAUCAUCAGAUGAAGCAAAGGGUUCUAAUUCAAGCACGCCCGGUACUAAUAAUGCUGUCCCGCCCACGACGGGCACUAGUAGUCAUGUUAGCGCUGUGUUAACUUGUAAGGUUUGUGACCAAGCGUUUAGUUCCUUAAAAGAAUUGAGUAAUCAUAUGGUUAAGAAUUCACAUUAUAAAGAACAUAUUAUGCGUUCCAUUACUGAGAGCGGUGGUAGGAGACGUCAAACGCGAGAGAAAAGAAAGAAGUCGUUACCGGUUAGAAAACUACUUGAACUUGAAAGGGCGCAGCACGAAUUUAAAAACGGGGAAGGUAACGGCGUUCCUAUGGGAAAGCCGAUUAGGGAUUUCGGUGCUGGUAGCCGAAUUACGUGUGAAAAAUGCGGUGAUAAAAUAGAGACCGCGGUUUUCGUAGAACAUAUUCGUCAAUGCAUAGGCGCGCCCAUGUCUAAUAGCCAAAGGAAUUUUCUAAAAAGUGCCCUCCUUUCUAAUAACAUCAUUCCACCCGAUGUCCCUGGCCACAUCACGCCCACUGGCCGCGAUGGGCGUAAAAGUAUCAAUGAGGAAAUUCCCUCGCCUGGAUCUGCACAUCAUCGUUCCCCUUCUUCAAUUAACGAUUCUUCUCCCAGUUCCAAAGACCAUAAUGCCAGCAAUGAUAAAAGUUCUUCGCCAUCCGUUCUCAAUGCCAUAGAACAGUUGAUAGAAAAAAGUUUCGAUACUCGCUCGCGGCAUUCGGUACCUGGUAUGCCAGGAGGAGCUUCGCAUGCUCCAAUUGGCUCUAGUAUUUUGAAAAGGUUAGGUAUAGACGAGAGCGUAGACUACACUAAGCCACUCGUGGACGCGCAAACCAUGAGCAUGUUAAGAAAUUAUCAUCAUCAGCAGGGAUACGGUCGCCGAGAACGUAGCGGAAGCGAAUCUAGCUCCAUGUCUGAGAGGGGGGGAAGUAGGGUCGAAUCUCUUACUCCUGAUAGGAAACUAGACUCUUAUCACAUGACCCCGCGUACAACUCCCGACACGCGCGGUUCUCAGACUCCUGCCUCAGAGGACCGUCCUACAGAUGUUAGGAUAAAAAAAGAGAUAGCCGAUGAGGAGGAACGCGAAAAUGGUGUCGAUUUGAGCAGCCAACCGGUUAGGGUUAAGACUGAGAUAGACGAUGACGAGGAUCAAGCAAGACCGAGUAGUGCGACCGAAGAAGACAUUAAACCGCCCGUCCCUAAGCGUGAAAGCGAGGGCCCGAGCCCUGCCGCUAGCCCUCGUAGCCCGGCUAGCGAUCGUUCUGCGCCGACUCCGGGCGCUGAUAGAAAACCAGCUUCUAGCUUAGGGGCACUUUCUUCUAUGUUCGAUAGUCUCGCUGGUGGGGGCUCAUCUAACGAACCAAGUUCCUCUCGUCGCAGUGGAAGCCACCCCCUAGCGGCCUUGCAAAAAUUAUGCGAUAAAACUGAAACGAAUUCUUCUCGCGCUCCCGCACCUGCUCCGUCUCCCGCUGGGCCACCCAGCAUUUUAACCUUCAGCUGGGCUUGCAAUGACGCAGUAGUGACCGACUCUAUAAUGAAAUGCGCUCUAUGCGACACGCCAUUUAUAUCGAAGGGCGCCUACCGGCAUCAUCUAUCGAAGAUGCAUUUCGUUAAAGACGGUGCUUUGCCUGAUCCAGUUCCAGUCAAGGCUCCUCCGGCAGCAGGCUCUCCGGGUGCUCACAAGAGCGGUGGUUCUAACGCGGCCUCACCGCAAGACCCGCGUAGUCCAUCGCAAUCGUUCGACGAAAGUCCUCACUCUAAAUUUCUCAAAUAUACGGAACUGGCAAAGCAGCUAUCCAGCAAGUACGUGUAGGCGUAAGGGUCGGCCGGCCAUCAGUUGUGAUGAUACCAUAUCCUGAUACGUUGAACCUUUCUAGGGUUAGGUCGCGACGCGACGUUAAGUAUUUCAAAACUCUUUGCCAAUUUAAUUAUUUAGGUAAUCGUUAGAGUUCACCGCAUAGUUCGGUUAGUGUAAUUUACGACUAGCGACAUAAGUAUACGCCAAACGUCUUACGUUCGUUUAGAUAUAAGAGAAUAUUUUCAAAAUAUUGCCUUUAGGAGAGGGACGGCUGUCGCGCGGCCCGGUAGCCGCGGCUUUUCUUCCACACUACGUUGUAAUUCCAUUUCGAUAAUUGUAAAUAUAAGUCACAUUAAGUCUUAAAGGUUCGAUUCGAUCUCUUGUAAAUGUAUAUUUUUUGCUAAUAAUCCAAAAUGAUAAAAUUCGUUCGUGAUGUUGUCAUUCGCCGCGCGCGGUUGCUCGACGGUCCCGCGGCGACGACGAGGCGGGGUCGUGUCGGCACAGCUCUGUCAGUAUUUUUAUGAAAAUUCGUUGCAAUAUCAUUUUUCGAGUUACUUAAAUUUUAUGUAAAUCAGAGUUAGGGUUAACGAUUUUAGUUUAUUUUAUGUAUAUUUUGGAAGCUUAUUUUCGUUACGUGAAGCGUUGAGAUCCGAUGCCCGUAAUCUCGGAGACCAAAUCUCAAUAAGUUCGGUUCGUGUAAAUACGACGCAGUCGGUCAUAGCAUGCAAUAUUACAAUCUCCUUAGUGUAAAUUUCGCUCUAGAUACGCUCUCCACGCGAGAAUGCUAUUUAUUAUUUAGUGUUAAGUACGUAUUUUAAGGCGACUCUUCUGUGAACACGUGUAUACCAUUGUAUCAGCGCAUAAAUCGGUUGUCCAAAUCAACCAAUUGUAUUUUAAAUAAAAAAAAGUGAUAAUUAUACAUUUUUUUCUUUAAAAGGACGACUACAUACGUAUACGUUUAGUACGCUGUAAUGAGGUUUCUUCCAUUAAAAACAGUUAUACGAUGAUGUAUAUACGGUACUUGUGAGUGAAAACUCUUUUAUAUAUUAUAAAAAAAAUAUUGUAAACUGUUUAAUGUAAGUUUCAAAAUAUCAAUGUGAUUCGAAGUCUCGACGCACCGCUGUUAAUUAAUAGAAGUUAAUUUGCUUUGAAUUCGUUUAGUGGUCACGUGGUAUUGCAAUCAUCAGCAGUGCGACGAGAGUUCGAAAAUGUGAAACUGAAAAUUUUAAAAAUCGUAAACUAUCAUUUUAACGAUAAUAACGAAACAUUAUGACAAAUAUUAUGUAUACGCUAGCUCUGAUGAGGGAUUUUUGCUCAUUCUUUAAUGAAAAAAUGGUGUUGAAUAUUGAUUUUACCAAAUUUAAUA